UCCGGGAGAGACAGAGAAACUUUCUCCGUGUCUCUCCGCCUCGCCCUCCGAGCUCUGCUCCCCGCUGGGCGUGUUUUUUUUGGUUUGUUUGUUUUUGGGGGGGAAUCCCCUUUUUUAACCGCGGGAGGGGUGCAGCUGGACCCGGGGGAGCCCCUCCCCAUGCCAUGGAAGGGCCGAGGAGAAAGAGGAGGUCUGGGGGCUUUAACCAGGAGCGGUCUGCAGGCAGCUCCACCAUGUCAGACAGUGACCUCGGAGAAGAUGACGGGACUGCCUCUCUGGACCUGUUGCAGUCAAAUAAGAAAAGAAGGGGGAACCUCCCGAAGGAAUCGGUGAAGAUCCUUCGAGACUGGCUCUAUGAGCAUAGGUUCAAUGCAUAUCCAUCUGAGCAAGAGAAACUCAGUCUGUCUGGACAGACCAACCUUUCUGUGCUGCAGAUCUGUAACUGGUUCAUCAAUGCCCGGCGACGGCUCCUCCCCGACAUGCUGCGCAAGGACGGCAAGGACCCCAACCAGUUCACCAUCUCUCGCCGAGGGGGCAAGACUACAGAUGUGGCCCUGCCUCGUGGGGCUGCCACAGGCUCUGGGGGGCUGGUGAUGCCUCCUGUGGCUCCUGCUACAGCUGCUGCCACCCCCAAGGUGCUGUCCAUGUCUGUCUGCUCGCAGGUGAUCUGCUCCCCCACGCAGCCGCUGGCCAGCAGCCUGACAGUGGUGAGCACCCAUGGGGCUGAGCAGGAGAAGCAGGCCCCCUUCCCCCGGAUGGAGCCGGACCUCCACCCCAAGCCUCAGCUGAGCACAAGCAGCACCAUGGCGCUGCUGGCCAGGACGGACGCGGCCAGCCCCACCAGCGGACUCUUUAACACCCCGCCCCCCACGCCGCCCGAGCUCUUCGGAGAGGACUUCAGCAGCUUCCAGCUGCUGGUGGAAGUGGCACUGCAGAAGGCAGCUGAGCUGGAAUCGCAGCGGCAGAAUGGGCAGCUGCCCCCGUUAUGGCACACAGAGCCCCAGGCUGCCCCAGUCUCCAAGUAACCUGCUCUGUGCCAGCUCCAGCUGGGUCUGCCCACCCUUCCUGUCUUCUAGGGUUCUGUCGGGUUUGGCCUCUGCCGGCUGAAGGUGUUUUUUUUUGUUUUUGUUUUUGUUUUGUUUUUCCCCCCUAUUGUUUUUCUCAGCAGUGAAGAUCCUCAUCCCAGACGUUAUACGGCCUUCUCUCACCAGGAGGGGACCCAAGGAGCCUGACGGCAUUCGGACCUCCGCAAAGCAGCCCUUGUGGACUGCAGCAUCUUCAUCUCGGGGGACACAUGACCCUUUUCAUUAUCAUGGUGUUUGGAAGCUGUCAAGCAUCCCUUGCACCUUUGAUUCCACCCUGGGUUUCUUAUAUCAUGCUGGUGACAUCACCUCUCUUCAGGUGCCUAAAGGAGGUAGGCCUGGCUCCUUGGAAGGAUCUUAAUGGCUGAUGUGGAGCGAGAGCUUUGUAGCUGGCUGACCUCUUACUAGAUGACUAUUUUGCUGUGUAAAGCCUGCUGACUUUAUGGGAGAAAAACAGACGAAGUGUCCAGCCAAAACUACAUCUAAAGGGGAGAGAAAUCUUCUGGGUUUUGAACACCCAGGAGGAAAAGACUUUCCCCAAACCUCUCUGGCCCACUUCUUUGUUUCUGCCUUGUAUAUAUUUUUGUGAAUGGAGAGUUUAGUCGCAGAGCCUUGAGCAGCCCUGGAGAGCCUGGAAAGGCAAAGAUCAAAGUAACUGGAAAACUUAAAUCUGUGGCUUUUUUUUUUCUCCAUUGAAACAAACAAACAACCCCUAAUGUUGUUGUUGCCAGUAAAAUCUCUGAGGUGCUGUUCAGUAAUCUUAUAUGCUGAAAACAUUUCUUGAUUGACUCUUUUUCCUUAGGGAAACACUUCACCGUUUCCCUGUUUCUCGUGCGUUCCUGCUGAAGAUGUGCACCUCCUAUCAUGGAAGGGAGACAGGAAUGUACUGAUGUCCUGGGAGGAUACUGACCAAGAGCAGAAGAAAGGGCAUUUCAGUGGGGGAGUGGGGUUGGAGAUUAAUCUUGACUGCGAAAUAACUUGUACUUUUUUUUUUUUAAAUACCCUCUUUCCAGCAGAAGAGGGAAUCUUUGUGGGCGUGGACUGCCUGCUUAUUCUCUUGCUGUUGUAACAUUCGCAGCCUGCAUGAGGCAUUCCCUGGAAAGCAGAGUCUUGGUGAAGCUAGCGAUGUGCUAACAACAAACUGCCUACAUGCUGGUUGGAAUCUUCAAACUCUUGCUUUCAUCAUGCUGAAUGUAGUUCCUGCCAUGCUGGUGAAGCAAUGGUGACCUCUCGUGGCCAGCUGGCUUAUUGCACAGAGCAGGGUCUCUCGUGCGCUUUGAGCCUGCAAUCUCUCUGUGGCCACAACCACAAAAGCAAAACGAAAAACCUACGUAGCCCUGUGAAUAGUUGCAGUUGCUAAUGGGAAUAUAGGGUUGGGGGUGGGGUGGCGUAGGCCACAAACUGCACGCAGAGCAGUUAUGAAUCCAAAUAGCUGUGAGUUACAGGCCAUGCACCUUUCAUUUGAAUUGUAACUCUUGGAGCCUGCAGAAAUGGGAACAACAUGGGUUGAAUGAACAUCCCCGUGUUUAAUAUUGCUGUUUCACUGUAAAUGUAAGUUAAAUAGCGAUAUAUACGUACCUAUAUAUCUAUCUUGAGAAACACUAAUCCUAGGUUGUUAGCCUAAUUAUUAUGUUGCAUGAAUAGUGAUAUUAAUGUCAGCAGGAUACGACUGGCAUCCGUGCCUGAUGCUCAUGCAGAUGGGAACUUGUGGGCAGUGGAAGGGGAGCAGUGCAUUGUGGGAUUUGGGGCAGUAAAGGGAAAAGUGGUAGCUUAUUGGGGAAUUCCCCCCCCCCUUUUAAAUAACCUUUUGCUUAGAGAAAAAUGGGGCCAUGAGAAGGAGCAAUGCAACUUGUAGCAGUUGGGAGAAAUCCCUUCCCAUGUCCUGUAGAUAAGUCAAGAGAUCUGACUUCCUGUUACCCUACACCGUGUGUGUGGUCCUUAACACCAGUGCACAGUGGGUAUAAGAUGUUCCCAUUCUGGUUUGAUUAGUGUCUCACACCCACUGUGUGCUGGUACAAAGGACCACACAUGGUGCAGGGCAGGGAAAGCACCCUGACUCUGUCCUGACAGAUUCCUUUCCCAGGGGAGGUAAUGCUGCAGUGCACCGGCAGCUGCCCAGCCUGGGUUUCUAUUCGUAGUGACGUCCCCUGCAGAGCUGUGUGGUGUUGGGUGUUUUUUGUGUGUGUGUGUUUUUUUUUUUUUUUUUUAAAAGGGACAAGGGAGAUCAAUUUAGGCUUUUUUUUUAGUCUCUUCUACUCUUUCCCCCCCCCCCCCCCCAUGCUGGUCCCAUCUAUUCCUGGAUGGAGGAUGUGAACCUUGCUUUGCUUAUAAUCUCCUGGCCAUCCUAGAAGGGAAAGGCCUAACCACUGGCUUCUCGGGGCGGGGGGGGGGGGAGGGGGAAAGAGUUCUCACCACCUUGUUUUCCUUCCUCUCUGCCCCAUUCUGGAGGAUUAAACUUCCUGGGACUGGGCUGAGAAGCAUUGAGACUGGUGUAUACAACAGAAGGGGGCGAGGGGGAGGGAAGAGAACUGCAAUUCCCACAAUACACUGCUCUAUCCGGCAUGGGCACCACACGGCUGUAUCCCGUUUGGCAUCUUGAUGGUGAAGCCCCUCGUGGUUGGGCUUGGAUGUUUGUGGAGAUUGAAGCAACAAAGGGGAGGGAAGAAUCCUCUGAAUAAAAUUUAUGGAGCAAAAAACUACUGUAAAUAAAUUUUUGGGUUUGCUUGUCAAAUAAAGGUGUUUUUUUU